CCAACACUAACCUCUCCCGGCUCCUCUCUACAAGUUAGCAUUUAGUGGUAGUAAGUUAGUGUUGAUUACAAAGUUCAAUGAGGUGCAUUGUUGUGGUGUAAAAGUAGUGGACAGUAGUGUCACUUUACCAUUGGAAUGUCUUCAAUGGAUCAUCUACAACCUUUGUUUCAGCUCGCUCUUAUUCUGAUCCUGGCCACUGAUUCAAAAGGUGAAACAUGGGGUGUGAAUGUCAGUAGAAGCUUCACAGCAGAGAUAGGGAAAAGUGUGACCAUACCAUGUACGUUCAGCCUCCCACCACAGGAAUACCAUGAAAACCUUCAGCUUUUCUGGAAAGUGCCACUGAGAAGUACAUUUAAUACCUAUGACAGGGAUGUCAAUGCAUUCAUUUUUCACCCCAAUAGCACAUUUGUGCUCAAGGCGUACCAAGGAAAGACCGAGCUACUCCGACAGAGAAACAGCAAGAGCUGCACCCUCAGGAUCUCAGAUUUCAUGAACAAGCGACUACUAAUUUACUUGAGAGUUAUCGGGAAGACCAACAACUUCACUUUUUCUAAAAAUAGUGUCACAAUAUCAGUGCCUGGCAAAAGUGUCCUUGAUAAAACAGCCACUGCUCUGCCAACGGCACUCAUUCCUGACAUGGAAGGAACAGAACAGCCAACGCCUGUGCAGAUAUCAGAAACAUUGUACAUUGCCAUCUUUGUGCCGUCGGCUGCACUUUUGAUUAUUCUUGCAGCUGCUGUCGGAUUUGUGGUUUGGAGAAAACACACCAGGUCACAAUCUUUAGUGAGGGAGUGCUCUGGAUAUUAUGCAAAUUUCAGCAGAGCAUCAUCAAACCAAGCCAAAAGAAAAGAAAAUUGCCAGAAAACAGAAAACAAAAAUCUUUCAGACGUGAAGGUCAUAGAUGAACCUGUUUACAUUAACUUGCAGCACCCUACAGGUCAGCUGGACCCGAAAGUGGAUCAAGAACAGGGUCAUAAAGAGAGUAUAUAUGCAAAUGUGGACCACUCUGAAUAGCAAAAACCUUGCAAAUUUGAACUCUACUCACUCCAUCUGUUGUUGUCAGCAAUUGAGAACGUCCUAGACAGAGCUAACAAACAUUUUUUUUGUGUGCACAUUUGUGAUAUUGUUAAAAAUGUAUAUGGAUAGCUAGGAGACAUACUAAUGGAUCAAAGAUCGGAACUAUAAUGCUGCUCAGCCCCCAGUCAGAAUAUUAUGUUUAUU